UGUUGGGAUAAAUGCAUACAAGCUGAGGUAUGCCCUUGCUUUACAUUCGAGGGCAAACACGAUGGAAAGAAAUGCUCGCGCUCGACGGGAACAAGCAGGAGGAUGGGUCAGGCCUAAGACGGCGGUCUUUGCUGCAGGUCUUCAGGUUUCCAUUUUGGCUGGCCACCUGCUUGGGGUCGGAAGACCUCCAGGCCUGCAGGGGGCGCCUGGCGCAACGGAGCGCCCUGGUCCUGGGCGGGGAAGGGGCUGCGCAGUCAUGAUUACUGCCAAGGCCUCGGCGGACUCCGCUGUCCCGUCGGUGCCCGGUGCUGCGGUGGCUACCGGUGUCCCGGAGCGCGAGAAGCCAGCGUGGCCCUGGAAAGAUGCCCCGAUCCGGACGCUGGUGCAGCGCAUCCACCAGUUGCAGGCUGAGCGCGCGCAGGCCUUCCGCCGGCUGGAGGAAGGCCACCUCCAGUACCAGCGAAGCGGUCCGCCCUACGACUUCCCGCGCUACCGGAGCACGGUGCACGAGGUGACCCAGGCCUUCGCCGCCGCCUCGCGGGAGGUGCUGGCGGUGGAGGCCGAGCUGGCCGGGCCCAGAGGGCAGCCGCUGCUCGCGAGCCAUGUGCGCAGCCUGCAACAGCUGGAGCAGACGCGCCUGGCCACGGUGGCUCUGCUGCAGCUGAUGGGGGCACCAGAGCUGUCUGAGCAGGAGAAUACUCUGGAGAUGCGCCAGCUGAAGAUGAAGGUAAUUAAAACCAUGGAAGCGAUCAGCGAGGUUCUUCAGGACCUUAGAUUUGAUGCCGAAUCUGUCGAGUGAUGGAGGCUCCCCAGGGACACGCCGAGGGAUACAGAAAAUGGGGUGAAUGGCACCCAGCCCACCCCUGGACUGUCAGCUCGCUGGGGGUCACACGCCACCAGGUUGCUGACCGCCCUUGAGUUUGCUGUGACUCCCACAAUAAAGGACCUUUCAUUUCCA